AGCGGCCAGCAGCGGCCAGCAGCGGCCAGCAGCGGGACGCACCAUGGGCCCCACGGAGCUGCAAUGUCAACACUCCCUCCCUCCCUUGCUCUCUCUGACACAACAUCCAGUCUCAAGAUCCCUGAAGUUGAGGUUGAAAGGAAUGAGACUAAAUCCAGAUCAAUGAGGACCUAGGCCAUCUGUCUGCUGACUGUCCCCCACAGACUGCAGUGAUCAUCAUGGCCCCCCGCAAGAGGAGCCGCCAUGGCCUGGGCUUCCUGUGCUGCUUUGGAGGCAGCGAGCUUCCUGAGAUCAACCUUCGGGACAACAACCCUCUGCAGUACAUGGAGUUCUCCAGUCCCAUACCGAACACGGAGGAGCUCAACGUUUGUUUUGCAGAGCUGGUGGAUGAAUUGGAUCUCACUGACAAGAACCGGGAGGCUGUGUUUGCCCUGCCCCCAGAGAAGAAAUGGCAGAUCUAUUGCAGCAAGAAGAAGGAGCAAGAAGAUCCCAACAAGAUGGCAACCAGCUGGCCUGACUUUUAUAUUGACCGCAUCAACUCCAUGGCUGCAAUUCAGAGCCUAUAUGCAUUUGAUGAGGAGGAUAUGGAGAGGAGAAACCAGGUCGUGGAAGACUUGAAGACAGCUCUCAGGACACAGCCCAUGAGGUUUGUAACACGCUUCAUCGAGCUGGAGGGCUUGGCCUGUCUGCUGAAUUUUCUCCGGAGCAUGGACCACACCACUUGUGAAAGCCGCAUCCACACCUCCCUUAUCGGCUGCAUCAAGGCUCUGAUGAACAACUCCCAGGGGCGGGCACAUGUGCUGGCACAGCCUGAAGCCAUCAGCACUAUUGCGCAGAGCCUGCGCACAGAGAACAGCAAGACCAAGGUGGCAGUGCUAGAGAUACUGGGCGCGGUGUGCCUCGUGCCUGGGGGCCACAGGAAGGUGCUGCAGGCCAUGCUCCACUACCAGGUGUAUGCUGCUGAGAGGACGCGCUUCCAGACCCUGCUGAAUGAGCUAGAUCGAAGUCUGGGUCGAUACAGGGAUGAAGUGAAUCUGAAAACAGCCAUCAUGUCCUUCAUCAACGCUGUCCUCAAUGCAGGAGCUGGAGAGGAUAAUCUGGAGUUCCGCCUCCAUCUGCGGUAUGAGUUCCUGAUGCUGGGAAUACAGCCUGUGAUUGACAAGCUCCGGCAGCAUGAGAAUGCCAUCCUGGAUAAGCAUUUAGAUUUUUUUGAGAUGGUCCGGAAUGAGGAUGACCUGGAGCUAGCCCGGAGGUUUGACAUGGUCCACAUUGACACCAAAAGCGCAUCCCAGAUGUUUGAACUUAUCCACAAGAAGCUGAAGCACACUGAGGCCUACCCCUGCCUGUUGUCUGUGCUGCACCAUUGCCUACAGAUGCCCUACAAACGCAAUGGGGGCUACUUCCAGCAGUGGCAGCUUCUGGACCGCAUCCUCCAGCAGAUUGUCCUGCAGGAUGAGAGGGGCAUGGACCCAGACUUGGCUCCCCUGGAGAACUUCAACGUCAAGAACAUCGUCAACAUGCUCAUCAAUGAGAAUGAAGUGAAACAGUGGCGAGAACAGGCAGAGAAUUUCCGGAAAGAACACUUGGAGCUGGUGAGCAAACUGGAGAGGAAGGAACGAGAAUGUGAGACAAAGACCUUGGAGAAGGAAGAGAUGAUGCGAACACUGAACAAGAUGAAGGAUAAGCUGGCUCGAGAAUCCCAGGAGCUGCGCCAGGCUCGAGGACAAGUGUCAGAGCUGGUGGCCCAACUCAGCAACAGCUCGGCUAGACCUGUAUCUUCUUCGCCUCCUCCAGGAGGCCCGCUUACUUUGCCUUCCCCUGUGCCAACCAGUGACCUGCCUCCACCCCCACCUCCACUACCACUAGCCUGCUGCCCUCCCCCCCCACCGCCCCUCCCACCUGGUGGUCAUCCCACUCCCCCAGGAGCCCCACCUUGCUUUAACCUGGACCGGACCCUCUCUUCAGACACCUUGCUCAGCAGUGAAAUUCCACUCAGGAAGAAGUGUGUACCCCAGCCUUCCCACCCACUGAAGUCCUUCAAUUGGGUCAAGCUGAGUACGGAACGUGUCUCUGGAACCAUAUGGAAUGAGAUAGAUGACAUGCAAGUGUUUCGGAUUCUGGAUCUAGAGGACUUCGAAAAAAUGUUCUCAGCGUAUCAGAGACAUCAGGAGCUGAUAACUAAUCCCUCCCAGCAGUUGCAGAAAGAGCUGGGGUCCAAUGAGGACAUCUACCUGGCCUCCCGCAAGGUCAAAGAACUGUCAGUCAUCGAUGGCCGGAGGGCUCAGAACUGCAUCAUCCUUCUCUCCAAGUUGAAGCUUUCCAAUGAGGAGAUCCGGCAGGCCAUUCUGAGGAUGGAUGAACAGGAGGACCUGGCUAAGGACAUGCUGGAACAGCUGCUCAAGUUUAUUCCGGAGAAGGGUGAUGUGGACCUUCUGGAAGAGCACAAGCAUGAGAUUGAGAGGAUGGCCCGAGCUGACCGCUUCCUAUAUGAAAUGAGCAGGAUCGACCACUACCAGCAACGACUACAGGCUCUGUUCUUCAAGAAGAAGUUUCAGGAGCGGCUGGCGGAGGCCAAACCCAAAGUGGAAGCCAUCCUGCUGGCCUCCCAGGAGCUGAUCCUCAGCAAGCGUCUGAUGCGGAUGCUGGAGGUUGUACUGGCCAUCGGCAACUUCAUGAACAAAGGGCAGCGUGGGAGUGCCUAUGGGUUCCGGGUGGCCAGCCUCAACAAGAUCGCUGACACCAAGUCCAGCAUUGACAGAAACAUCUCUCUGCUCCAUUACCUGAUAAUGAUCCUGGAGAAGAACUUCCCGGACAUCUUGAACAUGCCCUCAGAGCUGCAGCAUCUUCCAGAAGCUGCCAAAGUCAACCUGGCAGAGCUGGAGAAGGAGGUGGGCAACCUCAGGAUGGGGCUCAGAGCUGUCGAGGUGGAACUGGAGUACCAGAAACGCCAGCUUCGGGAGCCGAAUGACAGGUUUGUCCCAGUCAUGAGUGACUUCAUCACUGUCUCCAGCUUCAGCUUCUCAGAGUUGGAGGACCAGCUCACUGAGGCCAGGGAUAAGUUCUCCCAGGCCCUGAUGCACUUUGGGGAGCAUGACAGCAAGAUGCAGCCAGAUGAAUUCUUCGGAAUCUUUGACACUUUCCUGCAGGCCUUCUCAGAGGCCCGGCAGGACCUGGAGACCAUGAGGAAGAAGAAGGAGGAGGAGGAGCGGCGAGCACGCAUGGAGGCCAUGCUGAAGGAGCAGCGGGAGCGGGAGCGUUGGCAGCGGCAGCGGAAGGUGCUGGCGGGCAGUGCGCUGGAGGAGGGCGGCGAGUUCGACGACCUGGUGUCUGCCCUGCGCUCCGGGGAGGUUUUCGACAAGGACUUAAACAAGCUCAAGCGCAGCCGCAAGCGGUCUGGGAGCCAGGCCCUGGAAGCCACCCGGGAGCGAGCUAUUAACAGACUAAAUUAUUGACCUGGGACCCACAGGGGCAGGACCGGCUGUGGGGCCUGGCUGGAGGGGCGAGGGGAGAUGCCUGUGACCCCGACACAACUGGUGCUGGGCUGCAGGCCGGGGCAGGGCCCCGGACACUCCUGGCGGGAUGGGUGGGGUGUGUGUGGCAGGACCAGUGCCCCACUCACCUCCUCUUCCCUUGCUUCAUUUGGCAUCCUUGGACCCCUGGGCGCUUCUCAGGCCAACUGGGACAUGCUCUCCAACACCCCACAGAAGAAGGGUCCUGCUUGCCCCUCCCCCCUCCCCGAGAGGCACCCAUAGGUGGGCCCAGCAUGAUUUCAGACCAAGACCAAAGCCACUCCUGGGCUUGGUCCAGAUUUCAUGCGCAAUGGGGAAGAAGUUUGGUGGGCGGGUGAGGGAGGGUUGAGAUCCAAGGAGGAGUCUCUGCUCCUUUCUCAAAAGGGGCAGAGUGGAGCAAUUAUGGGGCAGGAGGGCACGGGUCUUGCAUCUGAUGGAGCGAAAAGUGAUGGUCUGUGCUGGGAAUAGAGGUGCUCCAGGAAAAAGGCGAGGUUGGCGCAGGGCCAAGGGACCAGGGCUCUGAGGGCCUUGGCUGUCCAACACGACACAAGUCCUCUGUGCUCUCCUCUACCCUGGCCUUGUCUACUCAUGCUGAAGCCCAGAAACUCCCCCUCGGGGGCCCUGCCGCCCUCGCAGGUGCUCGGUGAGUCCCAUGGUAAGGGGAUCAAGAAAGGCACCAGUGGUCACACCUCGUGCCUGGGGCUUGAAGCCCUCUGCUGGGGACGCCUCCCCCGAGACCAGACCUGGGCCUGGGGAUAGCGGCCUCCUGGGGAGCAGGCCUUCCCACAGCUCGCACGAGAGGGCAGCCCGUGAGCUUCAUUCGCUGGGGAGCCGCAGAAGGCAGAAGCCCCGAGGGAGCCUCUGGCUGCAGCCACCGGGGCCUUGGUGCAGCCUCCAGGUCACUUCCCACCUUGUCCCCUGGGCCGGUCCCCAGGCCAUCAGCACCCAGGAGGGCCCCAGGGACCAGGGCUUCCCUGUACCCUGCCACUGCUGGGGCGUCUCCUCCUCUGAAGCCUUCCCUGGCGUGGGGUUGGGGGGGGGGGCAGUAGAGCAGCCAGAGAAAACUGGGGCAGCUUUCAGGAUGGUGUGCUGCCCGCUGGGGUCGAGCAUGAAAGGCUGAGAACAGGGUCCCAGAGCCCCUCCUGGUGACCUCCUGAUUAUGUUCUUCAAACUGAGUUCCCUCAAGGGUCUGUUCUCCCAGUCCCUCCAUCCUCAUCCUUUCUUCUUGUGCAGGAGGAAAGGGGACAAGGCAGCAAAGCCUCGCCCUUCCCUGUGGCCUCUCCAUGCGAGGUGGCCUUUUGUCCCCUCUCAGACCCAGGUCCUCACUCACCCCUCCCUGCUGUCCUUCCCUUGCAAUCUCCCUGUUCAUCCUGCUCCUCUGGCUCAGGGCUACUGCUAGUGGACAGGCUGGUGGGCUGGGCCCACUUCGCAGUUGCAGAUUUCCUGGGGCUGGGACCACAGCGGCUGAGGGUGGGGGGAGGGUGUCGGACAUGUUGAUGAGCCCUGCAUGUGUGUUGGUUCGAGGGGAAGGGAAUCUAAGGGGGGCCUGGCCUGGAGUGGAGAGCCCAUCCUGGACCCCAGGGAGGGCAAGGCGAAGGCUCCUGGAAGAGCCUCAUUGGAGCUUUGCUGUACCCCGUGCCAGCCGAGAAGUUGGCACAGGAGGGCAGGGCCUCUCCAGGGCUUCUCCCAAAUGGGUCGGGCUGGACAGGGAGCAGCACUGGGUGGGGAAGGGGCUCUGGUUCUGUUCCACAGACCUGCCCCAGCCCUGGCAUCGCUACUCACCACGGAAGACGGGAUACACACCGAGAAGGAACGUGGAAGCUGACAGAUACAGUGGAGCCAAGAAGAGUUUUCCUGAACUGUUUAGCGGACACGGGCAUUGUUCCAGGGCUCCAGCUUCUCAGCUACCCUGCCCCAAAGAUAUUUUUUUUUCUUCUCUAUUUAUUAUUUUCUGGAUCUGGCCAGUGGCUCUGACACCAGAUGCCACUGUAGCUGGAUCUCCAAGAGUGCCUGGGACCAUGGACCCUCAUGGCCUGCUCAGUAGGGGCUGGAGAGCCAGUUCUGGGCAUGCACAAUGUUUACACCAAUGGUAUUUGCCCCUAGGCCUUGCUUCUCCUCUGCCCCUGCCCCUGCCCCCUUUGGGCAGAUGUUGCUGUUUCGUGUCCAUUGCAAAAUUCAGUUAACCUGAAAAAAUUCAUCCCUUCUCAGACUCAGUACUCACCCCUCCCCUGCAACGGAAGUGAGGUGCAUGGGGGGGAAACAUAUCCCAAGCGAGUGGAGAAGAGUCCAGCGAGAAAUCUCCCCUGCUGCCACCCACUUCCACCAGCUGCGGGGCCCCCUCCCCCGCUUCUGCCAGGGAUGCCUCGGCGUCGAGGUCGCACUCCCCAGCGGUCUCAGGCGAGAAAUGAGGCACAUGUACAAAAUCUGCGGUGUCCUUUUCACCCGCACCUUUUUUUUACAAGAAUAUAUUGUAAUACUAAAAAAUAUUAAAUUCAUACCUUUCCCACCCA